AUGGCCGCGCGCAGCAGGCCUCGAGGCGGGCAGCUCAAGGAUGAAUUCGACGAGGAAAGAUCAAUCUGGAACUCAAUCAAGAGCGACGGCAAGCGAGUUGACCAACUCAUGAGAGAGGCCGAGACCAUCCGAGUCAGACUGGGCGAACUCAGCGCCGACCAAGAUUCCCGCCUAGCCCGAGGCGCUGAACCCUCCUCUCGUAUCGAUGAGGAACUCGAGAAAAGCCUGCGCGAGGAUAUCCGCCUCUGCAACGAGAUCCAGACGCUUCUCCAGCCCAUCGAAGGCGGAAACGACAUCUGCACCCAACUCACUCUACUCUCCGCCCUUCGUGCUUCAGAGGAAGUGACAUCUUCUGCAUCACGUGCGACCAGCGUCGGUGGGAAGUCUGGACGUGAUCGCCAGGGCAAGAGGAAACUAACCGAUGUCGACGAUCGUGAUAGCAUUGCUGCGGAUAGUCCCGGUGGCCCAAGUCCGAAAGUGGUGAUCAGCAGCCAAAAAGACCGACUCGUCGCGAAGACGAAUAGUAGUAGUCGAGCGGGAUCGGUGCCUGCUGUUAGGGAAGGCAGCGUGAAAAUGGAAGAUGAUAAAGACGAUAUGGGUAAGGACGCACGCCCUCGCCUCUUCCCCCAAACCGAAGUUCUUUACCGUAACAACGCCAAAAACCGCUCCUCUUCAUCCAGUUCGGCAAACUACGAAGGCGAAGGCAUACUCUGUCGUGUCACCAGCGUAAUCGGCGAAGGCAAACAACGCCGCUACGAGAUAAUUGACGCAGACCCCGACCCACCAACCCCCUCCAUGCCUUACCGCGCAAGCGUAAACCACCUAAUACCCAUUCCGCCGCUGACGAGCAAUUUGACGCUACCGGAUUUGCCGAAGGGAAGGAACGUGCUGGCGCUAUACCCGGGCACGACGACAUUUUACAAAGCGGAGGUUGUAGCGAGCUGGAAAAUUUCUGAUGGGAAAGUCAAGAAGGAGGACGGGGGUAAGGAGGGCGAGCAUGUUGAGAAUCUAGUCAGACUUAGAUUUGAGGGAGAGGAUGAGGCAGAUCGGGAGAUGAGUGUUGAGAGGAGGUAUGUUUUGCCCGAUAAAUGA